AUGUCAGUCACAAUCUCUCAAGCGGAAAGGCUCAUAGGAAGAGAUGUCCAGCCUCGCGUAGGGAUGACGGUGAAACUAACGGAGCAGGCGCUAGAAAGAAGAUCGGAAACACAGCGGGCUGACCCGUCCAAGGGAGGAACCGGAGUCAUCGUGAAGGUCCAUCCCAACUGGACCUGUGACGUGAUGUGGCACAACACCAAGAAAGUGAGGAUCGGGUACGCGUGCGGCACAGCUGCCGGCAAGGUCCGAGCCUUUCACCUAGCAUUGGUAGCUGAUGAGUUUGGCGAGAGGCCCAGCACAGAAUGGAAUCGACCCAAGACAGGGGUGAUACCAAGCCGAGCUCCAUAUGUCUAG